AUGUUUUCGAAUCCUUUUUUCAAAAAUAGCGGACCUUCGAGUCCAUAGAAUAAUAUGUAAUCAACACAACAAAGACCAUCGGUGUAGGAUAUCAUGAAUAAAUACAAAUAUAAUCCUUAAGAAAGAGUAUCUCAUGUUGAUGAAUAAAUAUUAGGGAGUCUUAACGAAUCCUCAAAUUUUUUAAAUGAACAAUCGAGACAUGACAAGAUGUUUCUAAAUCCAAUCUAACCAUAGUUUGAUUUAGAUCCACCACCAAAAAAGGAUGCAAUUGCUCGUCUAACCUUUGGAGAAGAGAACAAGAAAUUUGAAUCUCAGAAAUUACAAAAUUAGCGAUUGCUCAAUGAGAAUGAUCUCUUUGAUGACAUGUCUCACUUGAAAGAUAAAGUAUUAAACAUGUUGGAGAGGUAUUCUGUGGCUCUGAAAGCUCCUGAACAAUAGAAUAAGAAGAACACUAUCAAACAUCAAUUAGAAUUGGAUGCCAAUCAAGUAGCCUAGGAAUAUUCUUAAAUUGUAGACAAAUUCAACAACCCAGAUUUGUCAGCCAUUUCAAUUGCAGACAGUACAAUACCAGCAUAUAAAGAACAACAAUUGACUUAGAUGUUCAAUCUAGUGGAAGAAUUCCUUACUAAAUUCAAGAAUAUAUCCUAAGUGCAAUAAGAAAAGUCUUAGUUGUUACGAUCACGUAUCAAUGCAGGUGAAUCUCAACUUCAACCUUAAUCGAAUAAGGCAGCAGAAUCAGAAAAACAUAAGCAUUCAAGUCAAGCUGUUAAAAAUAAGGCUCAGGCCCAAUUUGCUCAAUCAAUAACAGUUGGUCAAUCCAAUCUGACUUCCAACAAUUACGAGUAGAAUUUCAGUAAAACCAAUGGAAAUCAAUAGCAAAGUCCAACCAAAACUGCUACUUAUCCGUCUGUCCCAACUACAAUCCCCUCGUAUGAACAGAAAUCAAUUCCCGCUUAGCAACCCAUAACUCAAUUAGACAUGACAGUUUAUACAUAGUUCCCUAAAAUGGAAGAUUCCUUUUAUGAUCAGAAAUAAGUGUCAAUGCAAAGAAUUAAUUCUAAAAUAGCAGCAUUGAAGUAGAAAUUGCAAUAGGAACUCUAAAAGGAGAAUAUGCCAUACACAUAAAAGAUCUUGGGCGAAAUGAUCUCUAGUUUAUAAGAAAUAAUCAACACUCAAGAUUAUUAAUUGGUCAAAACCAUCAUUUUCAGAAUUGAAUAAGGCAUCCAAUAGUUAUCAAACAAUAAGGAAGGAUCUAUCAAUCUCUAUAAAUACAUCAAUAAGGCUUUGCUCAAUUCUAAAAUGAAAACAGAUUUGUUCACUCAAAGAGCCUCCAUGCCUGUACAUGCUCUGCCAGAACAACGAACCAGUUCUACGACUAAGUCUUCUCUUAAUAAUUACUAAACUCCUUCCAAAGUAGAAAGUAGCAACACUAUGAUCACUCAAUAAAUCGAUGUCGAUCGCAAUUUCGAUAAAAAAGCAAGAGAUUAACGUCAUCUAGAGGAACAUAACCUAUAUUUUGAUUAAAGAUUAAGCAAUAUCAAUAAACCAGACAUUCCAAGACCUAAAUAACAAUCAGUUGUGAAUCAAGUCAGCUAUGAAUCGAGAGGAUCAGUCAAUUAUGAAAGGAAAUCUGAUGAUCAUAAACCAUACUCUCAAGAUGCUCGUUUGAGUUAUUAAUUGUAAUUCGAAUCGAGACCUAGCAUCAACUUAGAAUAGAGAUACUCAAGCAAUGAGCCUAAAAACAUUUAUUAUGCAACUGAAUAUCAAAGGAGAUCUGAACAAAGUUCUCUUUAGGAAUCCUAAUAAAAAUUUACUCAGGAGAGGAUAUCUGAAGUCCAGAGACAAUCUGAUAUGCAAAGACCAUCUGAAUAGACUAUGAAGCGAUUGUUUUUUGAUGCUGCUCUGACUCAAAAGAACAAAUUGCCUUCCAACCAUCCAGGUAGGAAUAUAAUGGUUUCAGAUCUUUAUGAAGAUUAUGUAAAGAUGGGAGGAGACAUGCAAAAGUUUAUAUAAUAAUAAUUUGAUCGUUGUUGA